AUGGACUCCCAGAGCUCGCCAUCCCGUAACUCUUCUACCCUUUUGCGGCAGGAGCGCGACGCACGUGCCGAUGCUCUGCACCGUGAAGGGGUGUUUCAAAAAGCCUACAUGGAGCUUUUCCACCGCCACGAGGAAGACCGAAUGGGGAACCCUUACGGCGAAAAUGCCAAGGAUGCCCUCCGUGUGCGCUUCUGGAUGGAGACCAAGGACCAGGACCCUGGAGACGCUGAAACCUUUGAGGAAUUGAUGCAUAUUGUGAAUGACUUCAUCGAAAGCGAUGAUCCGGACAGGCCUGUCUUCGAGGACGAGGCGGUCCAUCUCGGGGAUAUCUUGGAUGUGAUCAUUAAAUUCGGGGAGACUGAAAAAAUUGUCGACAUAAAAUUCCUCUUGAAUAAGUUGGAGGAUCAACCUAUUCAAGAGGAUUGA